AAGCCUAGAUAAGAAGAAAACACAUCUCCUCUCCUCUUUCUCUCUGUCUUUUCUCCACUUUCCCAGUCACCAAACUCGUAUACAUGCCUGUUGAUGCUUCAUCACUUUCAGGCCAAGGCCAAACUAUCUGUGUCACCGGGGCUGGUGGUUUCAUUGCUUCUUGGAUGGUUAAACUUCUUUUAGAUAAAGGUUACACUGUUAGAGGAACUGCGAGGAACCCAGCUGAUCCCAAGAAUUCUCAUUUGAGGGAGCUUGAAGGAGCUCAAGAAAGAUUAACUUUAUGCAAAGCUGAUCUCCUUGAUUAUGAGUCUCUUAAAGAGGCUAUUCAAGGGUGUGAUGGUGUUUUCCACACUGCUUCUCCUGUCACAGAUGAUCCGGAAGAAAUGGUGGAGCCAGCAGUGAACGGGACCAAAAAUGUGAUCAUUGCGGCGGCUGAGGCCAAAGUCCGACGAGUGGUGUUCACUUCAUCAAUUGGUGCUGUGUACAUGGAUCCCAGUAAGGGCCCAGAUGUUGUUAUUGAUGAGUCUUGCUGGAGUGAUCUUGAAUUCUGCAAGAACACAAAGAAUUGGUAUUGCUAUGGAAAGGCUGUGGCAGAACAAGCUGCAUGGGAUAUGGCUAAGGAGAAAGGGGUGGACCUAGUGGUGGUUAACCCAGUGCUGGUGCUUGGACCAUUGUUGCAGCCCACUGUCAAUGCUAGCAUCAUUCACAUCCUCAAGUACCUCACCGGCUCAGCCAAGACAUAUACUAACUCUGUUCAAGCUUAUGUGCAUGUUAGGGAUGUGGCGCUAGCCCACAUUUUAGUCUUUGAGACGCCUUCCGCCUCCGGCCGUUACCUUUGCUCUGAGAGCGUUCUCCACCGUGGAGAGGUGGUGGAAAUCCUUGCAAAGUUCUUCCCUGAGUAUCCCAUCCCUACCAAGUGCUCAGAUGAGAAGAACCCAAGAAAAAAACCUUACAAGUUCUCAAACCAGAAGCUCAGAGACCUGGGCUUCGAAUUCACCCCAGUAAAGCAGUGCCUAUAUGAAACUGUCAAGAGCUUGCAGGAAAAGGGUCACCUUCCAAUCCCAAAACAAGCGGAAGAGUCUGUGAAAAUUCAAUAAGGCCUCUUGGAACUAUUUAUUAGGAUACAGUUCCAUACCCCAAGUUUGGAUCGCAAAUGCUAGGGAAAAGAGCAUAUUAAAGAAUGUCAAUGUGCAGGUGUUUUAGUAUUUUACAUGAAGAACGCUGAUUAUCCUUGUGCUUAUAUUAAUUUUUUUCAAGUUAGUGUCUUGAAGUGUUCCACUUGUAUUUGUGGUUGUCAAGUUUAUCCAAUUUCAAUAUGAAAGAGGAUCAAUUCUCUGUCUUA